AUGAAAUCAUCAGAUCAAAUUAUAACAUUAUCACAAUUAAAUACAUUGUCUGAUCAAUCGAUUGAUAAAAAACCAUUGAUUUGGAAAGAAUUUGGUAAUUAUAUUGAUAAAAAAGUUGAUAUUAAAACUGAAAUAAAAUCACCCACCCCGAAUUUAUCAACAAAUUUAAGUUAUAAAAUUUGUAAUUCUUGUCAAAGACCAAUAGGUAUUCAAAGUCUAUCAAAUCAUUAUUCAAAGUGUAUUGAAAUGAAAUCAAAAAAAGAUACAGUCAAAACUAAAAAGAGAACAUUUGAAAUUGAUUAUUCAGAUGAUUCAACUAGAAAUAAUACACCUGCAUUACCAUUAUCAGAAGUUAAAUCAGAAGAAAAUGGAGAAGUUAAACCUAAGAAGAAGUAUAAAAAAUCUCAAGCUCAAAGGGAAAAAGAAGCUGCAAACGCCGCCGCAGCAGCAGCAGCAAAUUCAAAUGCUGAAAAACCAAAAAAGAAGAAACAACCACCUAAAGAAUCUGCAAAACCAAAAACUGUUGCUAAACCAAAAGGUCCAGUUGAUGUAGAAAAACAAUGUGGAGUAGCAUUACCAUCAGGAGGAUUGUGUGCAAGAUCAUUAACUUGUAAAACUCAUUCAAUGGGUGCUAAAAGAGCAGUGCCUGGUAGAUCUGCGCCUUAUGAUGUAUUGCUUCAGCAAUAUCAGAAAAGGAAUCAAGCAAAGAUAGCACAGUCAAAUGCUUUGGCUGCUCAACGUAGAGAAAAUGCAGCAUAUGAUGAGGAUACAAUUACAAAUAAAAUUUUGGAUCCAGAUGAUGAGACUCAUUUAGUAUUAGAAGGUUUAUCGAAAAAUAAUCCAAUGCCAUUAGAAAGGAAAAUUGUAAUGCCAACUAGAUAUAGACAUAAGUUUCUACAACAAAGAGAGUUUUAUGCAAAUGCUUUAAUAAUAUCACCACAUCAGAAAAGAGAACAACAACAACAACCAGACGGUACAUUAGCAAAUCAAGCGAUAUCGGGUUCGAUAGGUGGUUUGCAAGGAAGAUGUGCUUUAAUAAAUGUUGAUGCUCCACCUUUACCUGGUUCAGAUUCUCAAACUCAAUCAUUUCUGGCUAUACCUGGUGAAAUUUAUCAAGUUAGAGCUCCUUCAAAAGCAAUUUUAUUAACUGCUCAACACAAUAAUAUGCAACAACAAGCUUUCCAACAACAAUUGAUGAAAUUUCAACAACAACAAUUAAUGAUGAGACAACAACAACAACAACAACAACAGCAGCAACAACAAGCUAAAUAG